AUGGCACCUAACCUAUCCGCAAAGGCAGAACGUGAGAAAAGACUCAAGUCACUGUUAGCCUUCGCAUCCAGCCUCUCCGCUCGAGUCAACGCGCCGCACAAUUCAACGCUCCUGAAUGACCUGCAAGAUCAAAUACGGUCUCUCCCACUCGCAGCCUCAACCCCCGUUGCAACGAAACAAGACGAGCUGGAUAAGUUAGGAACGGAUUUAUGGAACCUGUCUAUCUCUCUUCGGCGGAGGGACUCGCAGCCGAUCGAGAAGGAGCAGAAAGACGCAUCACAAAGGCAAAAGACUUGGUCUCUGCUUCGCGUGUUCGCGUUUCUGCUUCUGGACACAGCAGCUGGACAGGCUACGAAGGCUCGAGAGCGGAAGCACUGCAUCAGGCUGCUGAGAGUGGCUCUGAAAUCGGCCCGCGGGUGUAUCGACAGCGGUGACUUGCCCAACGCGACAAGGGUUCUGGAGAGGGCGGCGGAUUACCAGGAAGCCUUGGGCGGAGACGGUGACGAAGGAGGUGAGGAGGGGGGUCAUAGUACUGCGUCUCUUCGCGCAGAGUAUUUCAUUAUGCGGAUGGCUUUGGCCUGGCGGCAAAAGCGAAUGGACACUGCAGAACAUAUGUUCUUGAAGAGCAAGCAACUGAACUCUUCCAUCAACUCAUCCGCUUCUGAGAGCCUCGCAGAACUCCUCUAUGAGAUCGGCAGGAGUUUACUGGAGGGGCGAAGUUAUGAGCUUGCCAUCAAAUGGCUGGAACGAGCAUAUGAUACAAUCGGCGAGCAAGAUCCCGACAACUUCAGUCCUGAUGCUGGCGAGCUGAGACUUGGUAUUAUGCAGUCUAUAAUACAAGCGAAUAUGAAGCUCAACACUAAGGACGCCUUAGCGAAGGCAUGGGACAUCGUACAAUUGCUAGACACCGAAUACGGAGACAAAAUGGCUGUUCAACUGCUGAAGCUUGAACUUCUCUCCAUUGCUGAUCCUAUUGACAGUGAUCAGGUUUAUGGCGUCCUACUUCGGAUGAUUCGGUCUGUAGUUCUGAAUGAAACAAAUUUCAGAACGAUCAUGCACCAUAUCCACAGGUUGAAGGAACAUAGCAACGUUACAGCAUGCAGAGCCCUCGACGAUUUGGUCAACAUCAGACUUUUCCGCGAGGAGAAUGAAGGCUGGCUUGAGAAAGCUAUUAUUACGUAUAUCUGGGCGGGCACCACAGGAUCUGUUUCCGAGAACGUAUUAGAGUCUCUAGAAGAGCUGUUUGAGACUGUGUCCAGAAACACAAAGCAUCCACUUUCUGCGCCAGCCACACAUGCGUCUCAGACACUUUUGUGGAGGAAAGUUGAAGCUGCUUAUAGUCAGUGCCAGUUCGCAGUCGCCGAGUCGUGGUGCCGUCUUUGCCUGCGCCCACUCUUCGAGAAGGCUGGGGAAUUAAACAGGUCGAAAAUAUUCAGGAAGAUCAUCUUAUGCGCCUUCUCUUGCAAGAAUUAUGCAGGCGCCUGCGAAGCCUUUUCCCAAAUGUCCGAUACCGGCAAAGAUGAACCAAUAACGCGCUAUUUGAUGUACAAGGUUGCACUGCAGAGGGGAGAUGCGGAUCUGGCCGCCAGCUGCCUUGAAACUAUAUGCAAGAAGUCAUCGAAAGACGUCACUCUUCUCUACGCAUGCGUUCUCGAAGCUCUAAACUCUGGAGAUAAGCGUCAGACUAUCAACGCUCUUGAAAGGGUGUUGGACCGAUAUGAUUACAGUGCACCUGCGGGCGUCCAUCUCCCAGCAGUUCUAAGGUGUACCGCUCGAGCGCUCACAUCGGAGCUCGUCAAAGAUGGGAAAUUGUGUGAUAGCGUAAUGGAGGAGGUAUGUAAGGUCUUCGAAGGCGGGUGCGCUCAGGCGAAAGCUUCUCUCCGCAGACCGACAACUCCAGCACAUGAACUGUUCACGGCAUCGGAGUUUGAGUGGUUCUCCAAAAACUCCUACAACCUUGCGCUGAAGUAUUGCGCUGAGAUGCAGCCAGGCCAUCUGGUCAGACUCUUGAGCACCUGCGCAGAGUUUAUCAAGCUGUUAAAGGAUACCGGAAAUCCGGAUCCUGACCUUCCACUGCGGCUGAUGUUCUGCGAUUUCUUGAGCUGCUGUGCGUAUACUACCCUCGCAAGAGCUGAAGACAAUGUCAAGGAUAGUUUACUGUACUACGUUCAGGUACGGAAGCACAGCAAGGCGUUCCGCCGAGCUGCUGACGAGGAGCUUGCUGCCAAUAGACUAUCGAAAUCAGCUCAAGCCGAUGUGUCCACGAAGCAUUUCCAGGUCCUCAAAUUGGAGCUUGAAGCUGUGCUCAAACUCGCGGAUUGGGAAGCUCUAGAUGCGCUCUUCGAGGAAUGCUGGAAGCAUGAAAAUGCUGAGCCACUGGAGACACUGGCCGAUCUUGUUCUCGUCAUCCAUUCGUUUCUAGUCAACGCAAACGUGGAUGCGAAAUACCAGGAAAGAGCACUGAAAGCGCUGGCAAAGAUCAUCACCCUCGUCUGGAGACGGAGUGAUAGUGACAUCGUGAAAAUCUCCCGCUGGAUUCGAUGCCUCUUCCAGCUCGCCCUCACUUUUGACGAUGCCAUCAGCCUCAGAUGUCUCGAACAAGCAACCUCGAUUGCCGCGGUACGCCACGGUGUAAGGUCCCUGACUCCUUAUUUUGACGAGCAAAUAUCACAUAUGCCUAUCCAGCAGUUGCACACGCCCCCGGUGUCCUCGUCUCCGGUCAAAAUCGCUGACGAGAUCGUCAAGGAGCCGAACCAUUACCCAGAGACGGAACUGGAGUGGCUGGCCACGACGAGCUGGAACCACGCAGUGGAUUACUACGCCCAGGAGAAUGGCGAGAAGUACAGGAUGUGGGCGGAACGCGCGAUCAAUCUUGCGGAAUGGGCCGAGGAUGGAGGCGGUCUUGCCGCCCUACUCAUGAAGAAGAAGUCGGAACUUGCAUGGGAGGAGUGA